UCCGGGAGGGCUGGCAGGGACAGCCGGGCUGUGCCGGGACUCCGGGAGGGCUGGCAGGGACAGCCGGGCUGUGCCGGAUCUCUGGGGCUGGGGGCCGUGGCAGCGGCAGGUGCGGGCUGUGAGCACAGCGAUGCCUUUUGCAGCCUCUCGCAGCUGUAAUGGCUUUGCGCCGCGUCCUUCGGUGCGGUGAGGUGUGCGAGCAGCUCCGAGACACGAGAAGGGAUUAGAAAACGCUGGCAAGGAGAAGGGCGGUAACCUGGUCUGAGGGCGUUUGGGGCACUGAGGAAUUUUAGCGCUGCUGAGAGCCUGUUUCUGUCUUAUCAUGGACCUGGUUCAGUCAGCCUCCCCAGACAUCACAGUCACUCGGGGGUCCUUGAAGAAAGUACCCAGUCUCCUGAGCAGCCUCGUGGAGGAACCUAAAAAAAGACCUGCUGUCCCCAAUCACCUGCUGGAAUCAAAGAUUUAUUCAGAACGUCGGAGGAGCAGGGUUGUACAGGCUGAGCCUGCCGUGUUACACUAUGGAGGGUAUGAAGUUGGAAAACAUCACCAACAGAUGCUGAAGCUGAUAAAUAUUUCUACCAAUGCAAUAAACCUCAACAUAAUACCACCCCAGACGAUAUAUUUUCAGAUCAAAUACAACAAAACACACCGGCUUGUCCCUGGUUUGUCCCUCGUGGUUACUGUUGAUUUUUGCCCUGAUGAAUGGAGGUAUUACUAUGACUGCAUCCGAAUUCACUGUGAGGGAGAUGAUACCUUAGUUGUUCCCGUGCAUGCUUACCCUGCUGUGAAUGUUGUAGAAUUUCCAUCAUUUAUAAAUCUGUCUGAUGUAAAAAUUGGUCAGAGUAAGGAGUAUGUUAUCCCACUGCAGUGCAGCUGUCCCAUAGAUUUUGAAUUCCACAUUGAUAUUAUCCAGCCUCACAGAGCCUUCACUGUCCAGCCGACAUUUGGAAUCAUUCCAGCCAAUGGAAAAGUCAAAGUAACUGUGAAGUAUUCCCCACUUGAGUAUGGAACAGCACAAAUGGCAAUGCAGUUACGGAUUUCAGAGUUUCACUCAAAACCCUAUGUGUGUGUAUUCACAGGAACAUCAAUACCACACGUGGCUCUGAUAAAAGAAUAUUUUGAUGAACAACAAAGUCAUCCAGAGAAAAAAGCUGUGUCUGGAAAACCUGUGUUGUGGAGAAGAGACCGGUUCAGCCAACUACAGUCAAAGCCUGUUCAAAAACUAAAGGAAAUUGAAUACCAGAACCUCAGAUUCCCCACAGACUUGUCAAAUCCGUAUGCUGUAGCUACUGUUUUGAUUCAGGAACCAGGCAAACUGAAGUUAAAGGACAUAAAAGAAGCCCUGUCCCAAGGCAAAGAAGGGAAAAAAACAAGACAGAUGAAGGAUGCUGUAUUUCAACUAAAAGUAAAACAAAAUGUUCAGGAAGAGGAAGCAAAUCAUCUGAAGUGGCAAGUUCAUAAGGGAAGUGAUCCAAUCUCUGUGGAGUUUAAAAAAGAGAUUAUUGAAAGGCGACAAAGGGAAGAAGAACAAUACAAGCUCCAAAGAGGAGAUCCUAUCAUAGAACAGGAGUUUCAGAGGGGUGAAGUAGAAGUUUCCUUCAGACGUGUUACCCGGCAUAUUGACCAGCAACCAAGUGUCCAUCCCACAUUCGACUUGCUCCAUAAUGACCCUUGGGACAGCAGAAAGAGGAUGUUCAGAAAAUUCCAACAAGCAGCAUACAAGAUUUUGGUUCAGAUCCGUCUAAAACGUUUAUUGCUUCUGUUCCGUGGACUGCCCAGGGAGGCCAGAGGUCUGGAGGAAGGGUCUGGGUCUGAAAGCAGGAGUUUCAGCAAAGCAGAAAAGAGUGAAGAACAUAAGGACUUUUCUUCCAGAAUAUCUGAAGAUCGUAUAUUGCCUUUUGAAUUCCCCUUUUACAGGUCCCAUGAACUAUAUAAUUAUUUGGCACCUGAUGCUCUUGGCCCAGUUCCUGUUGAAUCUGUGGACGUGAAAGUUGAACACGUCCUUCCUUUUUAUGACUUGAAGGUUCCUCAGCAUUGCAACAUUAUGAAGUAUCAGCCAGUUUGUACACACUACGCAGCUACAAGUUACAAACCUGUUAAACUUUCCCGACCACUGAGGCAGGGAGCCCAGGAUGAAUUGAUUCGAGUAGCUCCUUCUCUUGAGGGGCAGCUCUCUCACAGGAGAGAUUUUGCCAAAGAAGCAGCUGAAGGGGAUAUCAGCCUGUUAAACCUGGUUCCUCCCCAAGCUUUAGUCCACCCAAGAGAGAGCAACCCACUUCGCAUUUUUAACCCCAGUCCAGGAUUAGUUCCAUUUUUACUUCCUUUGGCCUAUUGUGAGUCAAAUAUUGAAUAUCAUCUUUGUCCUCAUCCAAAAUAUACUGUUACCAAGGAAUGCCCCAAAGGAUCCAGUAUUCCAGCCACACAAAAGAAAUUUCUGGAUCACAAGGAAGUGAUUUGUGGAGUAAUGGAGUGGAGAAAAUUCUCACCACUGGAGUAUUCCACUUUUUCUAACAUUCCCACAUUGACAAAUACAGCACUUAGGGAUCCUUACAGUUCAGAUAUGCUUCCACGAGAUGCACCACCAGUGCUGAAUGACUUACCUGAGAGAGACAAAGAGAACAUAAUUGACCAUGAGACAGAUGAAGCUGAGUUCAACAUGAUGCUUACUCCAGAGAUGGUGAAAGCUGAAUUUCCACAGAUUGGAGGGUCACCCUCAGAAGAAGAUGAAGAACAAUCAGCAAAAAUAGAAAGUGAUACAGCGCUGGAUAGUGCUUUUCCUGGAGACCCACACAAUGGUCCAGAUGGACAUUUUCAACUCCAGAACAGUGAGAUCGGAGAGAAAAUUCGAAAACAUCUGGAGACAUUGAAGCUGAAAGCAGUUAAUAAAACCCUUAUUCUGGGAUAAAAAUAAUUUUACAAAGUUCAUGGCCUGGCCCUGUUUAUCCUGUUAAUGUAUUAGGCCUCCCCUGUCCCAGCUACGUUUACUUUUGUUCAGUGAGGUCAGCAACUUCAUAUGCAAAGAGAAGAGAACCACCAGUAAUGCCACCUCUGUCAAGGACUCUCACUGUGCUCGCUACCCCAAACACAAAAAUUACUCCAGUGAGAAACCUCAGCCUUGCACCUGCUUAUCUUGUUGUGGUGUGAAGGACCAGAAAACCUUAGUACUACCAUGUAAAUAGUUUGGUAAUUAGUUUACAGCCCACAGUUUUCAAAUAAAAUGUGAAAAGACCUCAUGAUCAAAAUCUUCUGAUUUUAUUUUUUUUUUAGUUAUGAACCGUCCUUGAAUUUCUGCAGGUAAGUUGCUAAAUCUCAGGCUUGACAGUAAACCAUACAUUUGAUAUUUUUAAGGAAAAGGAAGCCUUGAACACCAUUACUGUCUGCAAAAACAAUAUCCAAACAAGUCUCAUUAGCUGUUCAAGGAUUUAAUUCAGUGCACAGGUCUUGGCAAAAGCAUGCAUGGGUUGAGUGAGUGAACAGCAGAGCCUCAUGAGAAACCUAUAAUAAUGCUCUGGGUGUAUUUCCUAGGAAAGGAGAUUUCUCAGCAUAUCAUCUUGCAGCUGAGAUGUCUCCUACUUUCUUGUCAGCAAGCUGGA